CCUCCAUAUCUGUGUUUGUGUGUCUCCCCAAUUUCCAUAGGCUGAACCGCUGUGGUCUCUCUCCCACUGCAUGCAAAGACUUGGCACCCAUCACAAUGGCCAACACAAGGCUGACCAGUCUGGACUUGGGUGAAAAUCCCUUGGAGGAUUCUGGGGUUUCCUAUUUGUGUGAAUGGCUGCUUCAGCCCACCUGCCCACUUCAAAGCCUCAGGCUGCCCUCCUGCAACCUCACGGCUGCCGUCUGUCGGCCCCUUUCCCAAGUCCUGGAAUCCGGCUCUUCCCUUCUGGAGCUCCACCUGGGGGCGAACCCUCUGGGCGACGGGGGAGCGAAGCAGCUGUGCCAAGGGCUGGAUCACCCCUCUUCUCGGCUGCAGAGACUCAUCCUUCACUCCUGUGGCCUGACCGCUGGUGCGU